AAUGCUGGCCUUGGCGUGGACGAGGCCACAAGUCUGAAGACGAGGACUCGAGGAGGGCCGAGGGGAGAAAGAAACCAUCAAACCAACUCCUCGCCUCACCGGCCACGACGUACACCCUCGCCUCCUCCCUCCUCUUCAAAUCUGCAGCGACCAAGGGUUGUUACCAGUCUUUGUAGCCGAGAAAACAAACCUGCAACAGAAUGGAGAGUUCAUCGGCUAGAGGCAACGCUUCUGAGGGGAAUCGCUUGGGUUAUGCGAGAAGCGCAUCCAUGGAUUCCGCAGUUCAUCCUUCUUUACCUGCUAGGUCCAGUUCACUGUUAAGUAGGAGAAGCAGCAGGCAAGAUUCAAGGGGAUCCAUCAGCCUCUCCCGAGAAAUGGGGGACUCCAUACUGAACUCAAUGAGGCAUUCCCUUCGGUCGGCGGAUCAAUCGCUAGGUGACGUAGAUAGCUCGGUUCUGGCUCAGCUCAUCGAGAGUGGUGACCGAGUUUUAGCACCUGAAGGCGAUGUUGAUGAGGAAUCAGAAAACACCUCGGAGCAGCAUAAGGUUGGCCCUCUUCCAGAUUAUUCAAUGAUGCAAAACAGUGGCAAAAUUGUGGCAGCACCUGUAUCUUCAAUGGAGCCAAAAGAUACUAUUGCUCACGUCCCAGUGAGUUCAUCUGUCAAGGUUGAACCGUACAAACUUUCUUUGAGGCUCGACUAUGCUGCUUACCUGAUCCACUUAGGCAUCUUUGGAUUUUUCGGGGUAUUCACAAGGUAUGGUCUCCAAAAGCUGUUUGGCCCAGACUGCCUGGCACUCACUUCAGACCAAAGCCCACUAUACCCUGAUCUUCCAUCUAACAUGCUUGGAUCUUUCCUGAUGGGCUGGUUUGGGAUCAUCUUCAAGGCUGAUAUACGGCACAUAUCUGAUCAUCUUAUUGUUGGAAUCUCGACUGGAUACAUGGGAAGCCUUACCACCUUCAGUGGGUGGAACCAGAAAAUGGUUGCCUUAUCUUCCAAAGGCCACUGGGUAUAUGCUGUAGCGGGCGUAGUGCUAGGAAUGUUCAUUGUCAAUGAGUCCAUCACGGUUGGUGUUGAGACGGGCGAGCGCCUACGGAGUUUGAUCCUAAAAUACGUCAGGGAGAAGAGUUCAAUAGGGAAGAAAUGUGACUGGGAGCACUGGAGGGUGGAUACCAGGACUAAACAGUUCGUGCUUCAGUCUGUGAUGAUGAUUUUGAUGUCUUCCAUAUGGGUUCUGAGCAUUGUUUUGGCUGUAGUGAAGGUGCGUAGUCUUGCUGAUGGCGCUGUACUCUGGUUGGGCUGCUCGGUUGCGCCUCCGGGUGUUUGGUUACGAUGGUACUUGGCAAGGCUAAAUGGCCAGGGAAUUGGAAAGCAGAGAUCCCUCAAAUGGCUUCCCAUUGGGACCCUUGCAGCCAAUGUUCUUGCUGCAGGCAUCAUGGCAGCACUGGCUGUAACAUCCAAAGCGGUACACACAGAGCGAUCGGCAACUAUUCUUAGUGGCAUACAGCUCGGUUUCCUUGGUUGCUUGAGCACAGUGUCUACUUUCGUUGCUGAAGUGUACACCAUGAGAAGAAGCGGGCAGAUCGCCAGGGCCUUUACUUAUGCUGCAUCCACCUUCUUGCUCUCGUUUGUGCUGGGAACUCUAGUAUACUCGGUGCCAGUUUGGGUAAAGCAUUAUGGAUGACUUUUUGCAACUUCCAGAUUGAGCAUACUAGCAGAUGGCUCAAAUAUGCAUGAACUUUUCGAGAAUACAUAUGAUCGUGUGUUGCUGUAAUAAAAGAAACAUCAAACUUAAACAGAGUACAGGCUACGGAAGAGAAACAAGGUCAAAUGUGAAUGUAGCUGCACUAAUUUUUGCAGAAUAGACCCAGAACGAUCUAUAUAGUCGGUUAGGAAAAACAAAGUAGACUUAGCUAGUAGAAUGCAUGUGGCGGCCUAGAACACCUUUUGUUGUGGAGAUUGGAGCAUAUGUACAAAAUGAGUGUACAUCCGGUAUCUGUGAACCAAAUGGUAUCAUUAAUUUAUGAAAUGUAUAUAUAUAUGUA